AUGGUCUUGGUAAGUGCCACACAGCAUAUGGGCCAGAACCUGGGUCACCCUAUGAAGCCCCACAGAGUACGCAUGUGCCACACUCUAGUGACCAACUACGGACUGUACAAGAAGAUGGAUGUCAUUCGCCCAAAACGAGCUACUGCACGCCAGAUGACCCGUUUCCACAACGACGAGUACGUUGAUUUCUUGGCCAGACUCACACCAGAGAUGGUUGGCGGCGAAGGAAUGUCAGACUCCACCAAGCACCUUUCUGCUGCCAACAAGUUGACAAGAGGCGAAUCGGACAUUGCUAUCAACUGGGCAGGAGGACUUCAUCACGCCAAAAAGACUGAGGCUUCAGGAUUCUGUUACAUCAACGACAUUGUGCUCGCCGUUCUGGAACUCUUGCGAUUUCAUCAGCGUGUCUUGUACAUCGAUAUCGAUAUCCAUCACGGUGACGGAGUGGAGGAGGCCUUUUACACCACAGAUCGUGUCAUGACGGCGUCUUUUCACAUGACAGAGUUCUUCCCCGGUACAGGAAAGCUGGAAGAGACCGGUAUCGGCAAGGGCAAGAACUAUGCUGUUAACGUUCCACUCCAAAAGGGCAUGGACGACUGGUCCUACCAGAAUCUCUUUGAACCUAUCAUCAAGCACAUCAUGGAAUGGUAUCGCCCAGGAGCCGUUGUGUUGCAGUGCGGAGCAGAUUCUUUGGCCGGUGACAAGCUCGGAUGCUUCAACCUGUCCAUGAAGGGGCACGCCAACUGUGUUGCUUACGUCAAGUCCUUUGGCAUUCCCAUGAUUGUUGUAGGUGGAGGAGGAUAUACUGUUCGCAACGUCGCCCGAGCAUGGACUUUCGAAACUGCCGUCCUUCUCAACGAGCAGCUGCCAGAAGAGCUUCCAUUCAACUCUUACUUCGAGUACUACGGCCCUGAGUUCCGCCUGGAUGUGCCAGCCAACAACAUGAAGAACGACAACACACCGGAGGAUCUUCACAACCUGAAGGCCCAGAUCAUUGAAAACCUCCGUCAUAUUCCAUGCGCUCCUUCAGUGCAAAUGCAGGAGGUUCCUAGAGACUACUCAUCCUCAGAUGAUGAGGAUGACGAGAUGGAUGUCGACACUAGAAUCACACGACGAUUGGCCGAUUCAAGGAUUGUGCCUGAUGAGGAGCUUUCAGAUUCAGAUGAAGAAGAUGGCCGUCGCAACCAACACAACGCCAACGGAUCGUUCGUGCUGUCAGGCUCACCAGCCCUUGGCAGUUCUUCGACCAUUGGCUCAGGACGUCUUGGCGGUCGUGCCACAACAUCUUCCGCGUUGCACAACUUUUCCGGCCCCCUUGGAGCAACCAACGGACCUAGCUCUGGAACGGCCAGCCGUAAGUACGGUGCAGGUGCCUCUUCAGAGGCUGCACAGGCAAAAUCCAGCAGUGCUCAAGGGGAAUGGACUCCACAACCCACUACAAAGUCAAGCAAAGGAACCCAAGGCGCAGGCACGAUAGUAGCAAGCGCUGGUACCGGUUCUGGGGCUGCUGGUGGAGCUCGUCGGGCGCGUCUCACCGGAACAACAUCACUGAAGCAGAACGGCAAGGAGUCACAGCAAGUGGGAGUCCAGUCGUCGCAAGCAUCCUACCCUGCCGCCUCAAAGAGUCGCGAGAUUCACUCCAAGGACUACCAGCCUAGAGAUUCUCACCACCGCGAGUCGUCUCAUCACGGACAGCAGACCCCUCAUUCCCAACAAGGUCAGCACUCGUCUCAGCAACCUCCACAUGGGCAGUCGAUCCCUCCUUCGCAUCCUCAACAGGGUACCCCAUCCCACCACCACCUCGGCCGUGAUCAGCAGCAGAUGCAGAUGCAGCACCAGCAGCGCGAGCAUCAGAUGCACAGAGAGCACCAACAGCAUAGAGAUAUUCAGAUGAUUCGCGACCAUGAGCAGAGGGAGCAUGAGCAGCGCGAGCACCAGCACCACCAACACCAGAUACAGAUGCAUAUGCAGAGACGCCCCGGAGGCAGCAGUUCUAGCUCGAGCCGCCCGGAUUACCACCCACAGUAUCCAGGCGAUGAUAUGAUGCGCUACGGUGCACCUCCACAGGGGAGUGGAAGCAGCCACGGUGGAUACCCUCAGCACGCCUCGUCGAUUCAUUAUGGCCAAGGCGCACCUCCACCCUCUUCAUCACAGUUGCCUCCUACACAGCCGAUCCCCCACGGGCAUAUGCACAGCGGAAGCAUGUCGCACGGAGCACCCCACUCACACUCGCAUUCUCACCCUCACCCAGGCCACCACCACACUCAAGGACCUCAUGUAUCCCACCCUCAGCAUGGCCAACACCCUGGACCUCCACAACCCUCUCAUCACCAUAUGCCACCCCACCACCAAUCGAUGCCUCACCAUCAUGCCCCUCCUCCCGGAUCACAAUCAUCUGGCCACCAUUAUUCAGGCAGCAAUGUGAGCGGCAGCGGUAGUCGAGGAGGAAGCGCUGGAAUGAGCCAAAGCCGACCAAGCUCUACCAGCGGUCCUAUUCCCGGAAUGCAUUCUUCAGGGUAUGGUGCUCCCCCUCCUCCUGUUUAUGGAGGAUACAUUCCUGAUCGCCACGAAGAAGCACCGAUAGGACACAAGGAACGCAAGGAGCACUACAAGGAGUCGUCUGCCAUGGAGAUUGAAGACCCCCGCAUGAUGGAGUCACGCCCGAUGCCACCCUCGCAUGGAGGACCCAUCCCACCAAUGGGUCAUCACUCGCACCCAUCGCAUGGUGGAUCGAUGGAUUAUGGACGGAUGAUGCCUGGAGGACCUGCACCUGCACCCUAUGGUCAUCGUCGCGGAGGAAGCCAUGGUGGUAGUCAGGGCGAUCUCCGAGGCGUUGUGCUGGGCGGCGGCGAAGCUCCAGGAGGACCUCCUGGACCAUAUGGAGGAGCAUGGGAUCGUGAACGAAUGGAUCGGGAACGGGAACAGCGCCACCACGGUUACCGCGGUCCCAAUGCGCCUUAA